GUGCCCUAUGGUCUCGCGCAUCCUCAGGUCGGUAUAUAAAGGCGGAUCGGCGGCAGCAGCAGGACGGCUGGGACCGAGCAGCCCGGACUCACCUUAUUAUAUAGCGCGUAUACAGCUGGGUGCUUCAUUUACUUAUUUAUUUAUCUUACUGUCUCCGAAAUUACGGCCGAUACUUUUAAAUCUUUUAGCUGAAGUUUUUAAACUGUUCUAUUUGUCGCUUGUUGUUGUUUUUGUAACACUACGAUAGUUAAAAUGGCGAGCUCGGCUAACUCAAACCCAGUGCCUAAACUCUAUAAAACUGUGAUAGAGGAUGUGAUUAAUGAAGUCCGAGAACUCUUCCUGGACGAAGGUGUGGAUGAGCAGGUUCUUAUGGAGCUCAAAACACUGUGGGAGAGUAAACUGAUGCAGUCGAAGGCUGUGGACGGUUUCCACUCGGAGGAGCAGCAGGUUGUUCAGGCUCCACAGACGCAGGUUCCACAGGUCCAGCAGACCCAACAAACAACACAACCACAACAGGUCCUGCUUCCUCCAGCACAUCAAGCACCACAGCAGCAGGUGAUCAUCCAGGACUCCAAAAUGCUGCAGCACAUGAGCACUACAGGCAUGAGUGCAGCUGCCACUGCAGCUACUUUGGCAUUGCCCACUGGAGUCCAAGGAGUCGGACCCUACCAACAGCUCAUCACUAAUCAGGGUCAGAUACUGCAGGUGGUCAGAGCUGCUAACGGUGCUCAGUACAUCAUUCAGCCUCAGCAGUCCAUAAUGGUGCAGCAGGGGGUUCUGCCUCAGUUACAGACUGGUGGCGUGCAGGCUCCUGUUAUACAGCAGGUGUUGACCCCAGUGCAGGGUGGUCUUUCUCAGCAGACCGGUGUGAUCAUUCAGCCUCAGCAGAUUGUCCUGACACAGAAUAAAGUGCAGCAGAAUCCUCAGGUGAUGCAGGCAGCCCUGGCUCAAGCACAGCCUCAAACACACACACAGACUACACAACAACAACAAACAGCACAACAGCAAGCGCAGCAGCAGCCACAGGCUCCCCUGGUGCUCCAGGUGGACGGAGCUGGAGACACCUCAUCAGAGGAGGAUGAGGAUGAGGAGGACGAAUACGACGAGGAUGAUGACGAGGACAAGGACAAAGAUGGAGGAGAGGAUGGCCAAGUAGAGGAGGAGCCGCUGAACAGUGGAGACGACGUGAGCGACGAGGAGGAUCAGGAGCUGUUCGACACUGAGAACGUUGUCGUGUGUCAGUAUGAUAAGAUCCACAGAAGUAAGAACAAAUGGAAAUUCCACCUGAAAGAUGGGAUCAUGAACCUGAACGGACGCGAUUAUGUUUUUUCCAAAGCCAUCGGAGACGCGGAGUGGUAAACAAAAUCGAGCGAACGACCGACGGACUCCAGAGCGUGAGUGAGUGAAGCGUCAGAUUUCUGCAGGAGGACGGGACUGUUUCAGCAUCAGGACAAAACACAGUGUGUGAGAUGAAGAAGGACGUCCUGAAACUGUACGACUUUAAAAAAAAGAAAAAACAACAAAAAACAAAAAAAAAAUCAUCUGUACAUUUCUCGCGUGUUUAGUCAGUGGAUCGAUGACAACUGCCAUUUUUUUUGGCUCCUUCAUCCUCGGAUGGACGUCUUUAACUCGAUAUUAUAAACUUUAACGCCCAGCUCGAACAAAACAAAACAAAAAAGCGAUCAAGUAGAGGCUUCGUGAGCAGAUACGGUAGUGCCUCGAAUUAGCUGUGAAGUAGGCGACGUGUGCCGACGUUUGUGUUUAUCGUGAUGAAACCUUCGAUGUCAUCACCGUGUCUGUUCAUCACUCGCUUCCUGGGACGAACGUAAUGCAACAUAAUGCUGCCUUCAGAUCUGUCCCGUGAUGACUGUCUUUAUCCUGUCUUCUCACACGACUCCUACACUCUGACGGCAUACUGGUGAUAUUGUACACGUGGAAUAUCGCAAUAUUCUUCGCACCGAUUAACGGCACGUGCCUGCUGCGAUGUCUUCGGACCCUCAGCCUUCCUACCUUUAGAUUAGCGUGUUGGUUUGUGGCGUUGUUAGUUAUACGAAUUCAAAUUUCAGAUUUUUGUGCUUAGCAAGUCCUGUGAUAUGUUACACACACACACACACACACACGUUAGCUUGAUUCCUUUUUAUUUUUUUAAAGACAGUUCUUUUUUUCCAGCAUUGUAAAAAAUGAACACUAAAAAUAUCGACCCUGUAACCCUUGUUUUAGAUACUGUGUGUGUGUUGUGUGUGUGUGUGUGUGUGUUGUGUGUGUGUGUGUUGUGUGUUGUGUGUGUGUGUGUUGUGUGUUUGAGCUAUAUUUAUUCCUGAAGCUCAGGCCCCAUCACACACACAUGGAGGAUGAAGCUGCACCACACUGUGCUCUUGUGUGUGUGUUGUGAGUGUGUGUCGUUUGAGUGUGUGUGUGCGUGUGUGUUGUUUGAGUGCGUGUGUGUUGUUUGAGUGCGUGUGUGUUGUUUGAGUGCGUGUGUUGAGUGUGUGUGUUGAGUGUGUGUGUUGAGUGUGUGUGUUGAGUGUGUGUGUUGAGUGUGUGUGUUGAGUGUGUGUGUUGAGUGUGUGUGUUGAGUGUGUGUGUUGAGUGUGUGUGUGUGUGUGUUGAGUGUGUGUGUGUGUUGAGUGUGUGUGUGUUGAGUGUGUGUGUGUGUUGAGUGUGUGUGUGUGUUGAGUGUGUGUGUGUGUUGAGUGUGUGUGUGUGUUGAGUGUGUGUGUGUGUUGAGUGUGUGUGUGUGUUGAGUGUGUGUGUGUGUUGAGUGUGUGUGUGUGUUGAGUGUGUGUGUGUGUUGAGUGUGUGUGUGUGUUGAGUGUGUGUGUGUGUUGAGUGUGUGUGUGUGUUGAGUGUGUGUGUGUUGUGAGUGUGUGUGUGUUGUGCGAGUGUGUGUGUUGUGCGAGUGUGUGUGUUGUGCGAGUGUGUGUGUUGUGCGAGUGUGUGUGUGGUCCCAUUUUUCAUUACUGUUAUGUUAGUAUGAUUUGAGCUAUAUUUAUUCCUGAAGCUCAGGCCCCAUCACACACACAUGGAGGAUGAAGCUGCACCACACUGUGCUCUUAACACCGUUCUGUUUAGAAAACUGUUUUCUUUCCUUCACAUCAUCAUGAGCUGUUCUUCCUUUGGACAAUUCACCUGUGUUUAUUUCCUUCUGUAACAGUCUGAGAAACGAGUAGCUGACUUUUCACUCGUCUUCUCUGUGUCUCCUGUGAGGCCGGAGUCCAGUGUGAUGGUCUACGUUGUGCUCGGAUGGACAGACGGACAGUUUCACACCAUCUCUCUCUCUCAUGUUAAUCUUCCGCUUGUUCUUUUAUUGUUUGUGCCUUUCAAUAUUAUUUGAGCUAUCAGGUAUUUUGUGAGGAAAUGGUAGCCUUUUUAGAGUAAACCCUAAAACUGUACGCUUUGUUUUUAUGAUUGUUAAUAAACCGUGCGCUGAAACUGA